AUGAAUAUCCUUCAUUCAACGAUAUCCACCUGGCGCGACCGUCUGGCCCCCGUCUCUCGAACCUCCACCUUCCGUUCCACCGGCCAAAUCACUCCCGAGGAGUUCGUUCUUGCAGGCGAUUACCUUGUUUACAAGUUUCCAACAUGGUCCUGGGCCGACGCCUCCAGCCCUGCCAAGCGUGUUUCCUACCUUCCUGAAGGGAAACAGUUCCUCGUCACCCGCGGCGUUCCGUGCCACCGACGCUUGAAUGACAACUUUGCUGGCGAUGCGGACCACGAAGAUGAGCUUGUGCGGGACAUGUUGUCCGGGGACGCUGGUGAAAGCGCCGGUACUGCUGACGGUGACGACGGCUGGUUGAGGACCGGCGGUGGUCGUGAUGUUGCGGCGGAUCGAGCAGAGCAGGAGGCUCGAAUUCGGGACGUACGGACUCUCAACGAGUCUGGUAAUCUCGGCGAGCAGGAGGAAGACGAGGAGAUCCCCGACAUGGAAGACGAUGAUGACGAUGAGGAGGCCAUUAUCCGCGAGCCUGCUGGGCAGUCCAGCACCACGCAGCCGCUUCGAACCUACACCCUCUAUAUCACAUACGCCAACUUCUACCGGACCCCCCGCCUUUACCUUUCGGGCUACCUCUCCCCAUCCGAGCCUCUUCCGCCCCAUCUUAUGAUGGAAGAUAUCGUAGGGGAUUACAAGGACAAGACCGUGACACUCGAAGACUUCCCUUGGUUCGACGGCGGUGUGAAGAUGGCUUCAGUGCAUCCCUGCCGCCACGCCUCCGUCAUGAAGACUCUCCUAGACCGUGCCGACGCAGCUCUCAAGCUCCGCCGUGAGAAGCUGAAGCAGACCCAGUCUCGCGAAGAAGCCAACCGCGUUCUCCAAACCGGCGGCGGUCUUGAUGGCCUGGUCGAUGGGACGCAGGGCCUCUCACUGGGCGAGCAGCAACAGCACCCUAGCGGCGACGAAUGGGAGGUUCUGCAAGCCGAUGAGGAGGAACAGUCUGCCAUUCGGGUUGACCAGUAUCUGGUUGUCUUCUUGAAGUUCAUUGCCAGCGUAACUCCGGGCAUCGAGCACGAUUUCACGAUGGGAGUUUGA